AUGAGCUUCCUGAAGAAAUCAAAAUAUGCAGUUGUUCGACAAGACGAGAACGACAACAUCUAUACAAUACCGACUCGCUCGUGCAUUUUAGCAGGCAAUUUCGCAUGCAGCACUGAGUCUCUCUUUUUAAUACUCCUCAAAACUCCCCGCUACGAUAUCAGCCAUCCAGGCAGUUCCUUCAGUCCUGGUUUCGAGACUGAGUUUCCUCCGGCGAAGUCGUCUAUUCAGGAGCAACCAACUAUGUUUUAUGGAGGUCCACGAUGGUACGACAACGGCACUGGAUACCGCAUCAAUAAUCCAAAUGAACCCACCUAUUUGCCAAAAGGGCGAUACUUCGUCGUCACAGAGGAAGAAGCAGAGGAAGCUUUUGGCAAGUCUCAUGGGCUCUACUAUCACGAGCAUCUCGGCUAUAUGGUUGGAUUGGAUGUCUUCCAUGCAUUAAGUUGCGUCGAGCAAUUACGAAGAGCGCUUGAUCGUGAGCAUUAUUAUAACCGCGAGACAAACGAACGUUACCCAGAGAGAGGCCAUCGAGAUCAUUGCAUAGAUCAUAUUCGACAACAACUAAUGUGUCAUGCUGAUUUGACUCCAAUACCAGUAAUCUGGUAUCAAUGGUAUGGGAGGAGCUUUGUGCAGUCCGACGUGAUGCACACCUGUCGUAACUGGAAUGCUAUUCAUGAAUUUGUUUCAACUCGUACCACCCGUGCUCACUUUGAGCAAGGUUAG